AUGGCAGCUCGGCGCGUGAACCAAGGCCCGAAGCGCGGGUCCAAGACGUACGAGCGGCCGGGCCUGAGCGAGGAGGAGAUCGAGGAGAUCCGCGAGGCCUUCAACCUCUUCGACACGGACGGCUCGGGCACGAUCGACCCGAAGGAGCUCAAGGCCGCCAUGCAGUCGCUCGGCUUCGAGGCCAAGAACCAGACCAUCUACCAGAUGAUCGGCGACAUCGACAAGGACGGGAGCGGCUCGAUCGACUUUGAAGAGUUCCUGGAUAUGAUGACGGCCAAGAUGAGCGACAAGGACUCGCGCGACGACAUCCAGAAGGUCUUCAACCUCUUUGACGACGACCAGACAGGCAAGAUCUCGCUCCGGAACCUCAAGCGCGUCGCCAAGGAACUUGGAGAGACCAUGUCGGACGCCGAGCUCCUCGAGAUGAUCGAGCGCGCCGAUAGCGACCAAGACGGCGAGAUCAACGCCGAAGAGUUCUACUCGAUCAUGACCAAGAAGACCUUUACGUAGCUUUUGUUUGCCUGCUAUCCUAAUACCACCCACAUACAUACCUCUUCCUCCAGCC